AUGAAACGACUCUCCGGAACCUGUGGAGACAAUGAGGUAGAACUGAUCCUAGUGGAGUCUGCAAUAUUGCUGAUUGGGAAGAACACUCUGGUUAUACAAUCGAUUGAGGAUCUGAGGCUUGUUCGGGGCGUAGAUCCGGUCGAUGAUUUAAAUGCAGGACGCGGCUUAAACAAUCCGGUUGACCAUCCGGUUGACCAUCCGGUUGACCUAAAUUCAGCCGUUCAUGAGCUCAGACUUGGUGAUCACGUGAUUGCAGUCAGAGGCAGUAGUUUAUUUAGGGACUUUCUACAGGAACUGCGGAGGCAUAGAUCACUACUAAAGGAGAUUGAAACCUUACGGUGGCAGUUGGACAUGUGUUCAGCUCAACUACGCCUUCGAAGAAGCGGGCAUGAUGAAGAUCUGCAGGAGAUGCUGGAAGAGAAUAUUCUACUGAAGUCGCUGAUCAAAAAAGUCGACUUGCGCCAACUAGCUACUAAUCCUAUUCAAAUAAACAUUAUGUUGGAGUCGGUUGGUCCAGCUGCUCGCUCAAUGGAAUGUUCGUUCGCAGAACGAAGUCUUUGUACUAAGGAUGAUAAACUUCAUCUUGGGGAUUGUGAUCGAGUGCGGGCUUCUGAGGCCGGCAAGGUCAUCAAGGCGAGGUUGCUUACGAAGCUAGACGUUUCCUCAGAUGUUCCUUCCGUCCCUCCGCCGAUCAGAGGAGAGAAGUGCUCCAGCCACAGUCCAUUGAUGAAGUUCUGUUCGGAAUCGAAGAACCUUAAACACCAAGACAUGUUAAGAACCAAAAUCCACCUUUUCCUCCAGGAUCUCGCCGCCUCCCAAAGCUGCGACCGCCGUGACCUUGAUCCUCAAUCUAUCCAUCCACAGUUGAUCCCCGCCAACAGUCGCCCCCCCCAACAGUCGCCCCCCACAACAGUCGAUUGA